UCAAAUACAACAUUAGAAGAAUGUGAAGAGUCACUUACAGUUUCAGAAAAAUCGAACAUAACGUUUUCUAUUCUUGAAUUGCUUAAAGAAUUAGAAAGUCCUUUAAAAAUUAAUCCUGAUGAUGUUAUAAAUCAAGAGACAGAUAAACAUGAAAAAUUACCUGAAUUACCUCGAUCACCUGCAGAUUUAGACAUAACAUUGUCUAUUCUUAAGUCGCUUACAACAUUAGAAGAAUGUGAAGA